AUGUCUGUCUUCAACGCCUCUCGACUGAUCGGCAAAACCGUGCUCAUUACUGGCGCGAGCGCUGGCAUCGGAGCGGCAACCGCCGUCUUGUUCGCAAAAGGUGGUUCCAAUGUCAUCCUAUGCGCGCGCCGUGCAGAUGCCCUGAAGAAAGUUGCGGAAGCUUGCAGCACAGCUCACAAGGAGUCUGGCUUACAGCAAGGGGGCAAGUUUGUCACCGUACAACUUGAUGUCUCAGAUAAGACACAGGUUGCGUCGCUCUUUGACAAGGUCCCCGCAGAGCUCCAAGCGGUCGACAUUCUGGUCAACAACGCUGGCUAUGUGCUUGGCGUGGAGCGAGUUGGAAGUAUCGCGGAUGCAGACAUUGAGGGCAUGUUUGCAACGAACGUCCUGGGUCUCAUCUCCAUAACCCAGCUACUACUCAAAGGUUUCAAAGAGCGGAAGUCUGGUCACGUCAUCAACCUUGGAUCUGUAGCGGGCAGAGAACCGUAUACAGGAGGCAGUAUCUAUUGUGCCACAAAGCAUGCAGUGAGGGCAUUUACCGGCUCCCUGAUGCGAGAAGUGGUGGACACACCUAUCCGGGUUACGGAGAUUCAGCCAGGCAUGGUGGAGACUGAAUUCUCUGUCGUGCGCUACCGUGGUGAUAAAUCCGCCGCCGACAAGGUGUACGAAGGACUUCAGCCACUGACAGCAGAGGAUAUCGCAGAAGAAAUCGUCUGGGCAGCAGCAAGGCCUCCGCACGUUAAUGUUGCGGAGGUCUUCGUGCUACCUGUGAAUCAGGCUUCUCCUACAAUCAAUUAUCGCGGUGGAAAGUAA